CUAAUAUCAAUACAAAGAGUACGAAAUUGAGAAGGACUCAGCUAACGUAUGCUAAAUUCACGAGUGAUAUUGUUCCAAUGGUUUGAGUUUGUUAUCAGUUUUGUCCAUACUUCUUCUGUUUGUUAUAAAGAACAGACAGCUGCCUUCAAAACUCCAUCUCUCUCUCGAUACUUCUCUCUCUCUCUCUAAAGAUGGACUUCAGAAAUUGGAUGAUAUGGUUUGUGUUUAUGGUGUGUUUAUUGAGAUGUGGAUGGAGGUUUUUGAACUGGAUUUGGUUAACGCCAAAGAAACUUGAGAAGUGCUUGAGAGAACAAGGAUUCGCCGGAAAUUCUUACCGUCUUUACUCCGGCGACUUGAAGGACUUAGUCGCCAUGUCGGAAGAAGCUAAAUCCAAACCCAUGAACUUCUCGCAUGAUAUUGCUCCACGUGUCAUCCCAUCCAUACAUCAUACCAUUGAGAAAUAUGGGAAGAAUUCAUUCGUAUGGCUUGGACCAAUUCCAAGAGUGUUCAUCAUGGACCCUGAGCAAUUGAAAGCUGCUCUUUCUCUAUACAAUGACUUUCAAAAGCCAACCAUUAACCCUCUUGUUAAGUUGCUUUUUGAUGGACUUAUUAAUCAUGAAGGAGAAAAAUGGGUUAAACAUAGAAAAAUAGUCAACCAUGCCUUUCAUUUUGAGAAGUUGAAGGACAUGGUGCCAACAAUGUUUGAGAGUUGCAAUGAGAUGAUUAACACAUGGGAAAAAAUGGUAUCAAAAGAUGGAUCUUGUGAAUUGGAUGUGAUGCCUUAUUUACAAAAUUUGGCGGCGGAUGUCAUUUCUCGAACAGCAUUUGGAAGUACUUACGAAGAAGGAAAAGUUAUAUUUAAUCAUUUCAAAGAAUUGAUUUGUUUGACCAUUCAAGCUAGUAAUAUUGUUUACAUACCAGGACGGAGGUUUCUACCAACAAAGUCCAACAAUAGAAUGAAAAAGAUAACUAAAGAAAUAAAAACUAUGCUCAUGAAUGUUAUCGAUAAAAGGCAAAGAACAAUGAAGGAAGGUGAAACUAUGCAAAGUGAUGAUCUCUUAGGCAUUCUCUUAGAAUCAAAUUUCAAUGAAAUUAAAGAACAUGGAAAUGUGAACCUUGGAAUGAGCAUAAAUGAUUUGAUUGAAGAAUGCAAAAUUUUUUAUUUUGCUGGCCAAGAAACCACAGCAGUGCUAUUAGUUUGGACCAUGAUUUUGUUGGGUUCAUAUACAAAAUGGCAAGAUAGAGCAAGAGCUGAAGUCCUACAAGUCUUUGGCAACAACAAACCAGAUUUUGAUGGUUUAAAUCGACUAAAAAUUGUAACUAUGAUUUUGAACGAGGUUUUGAGAUUAUACUCACCAGCAAGUGUGCUUAGUCGUAAGCUUGUUAAAAGAGAAACAAAGCUUGGAAAUUUUACAUUUCCAAGUGGAGUGAUGUUGAGCUUCCCUGUUAUUCUUAUCCAUCUUGAUAAAGAGAUUUGGGGUGAAGAUGCAAAUGAAUUUAAUCCAGAAAGAUUUGCGGAGGGAGUUUCAAAAGCAACCAAAAACCAAACCGGAUUCUUCCCUUUCGGCUGGGGUCCUCGAAUAUGUAUUGGACAAAAUUUUGCUAUGAUUGAAGCCAAAAUUGCAUUGUCCAUCAUUUUACAACACUUCUCAUUUGAGCUUUCUCCUUCCUAUACUCAUGCUCCUAUAUCCAUUUUAACUACUCAACCUCAGCAUGGAGCUCAUAUCAUCCUACAUAAGCUUUAGUUAGUCACAAGAAUUAUCAAGAUGCAAACUUGUGUUACUUCUCUUCUUGGGAAAGAUAGGUUAUAGUAGACUUAAAUGCUUCUCUGUCAAAUAAAUCAUCAUCAAGAAUUAGUUUUACAUGCUUGAAACGUCAAGUGUAAUCUCGACAUUUGUUACCAACCAACAAUCAUCUUUGUCAAUAUUAUAAAUGGAUACAUUGUUUGUCAAAUAUUGCUAUUUAA